AUGAAUUUCGAGAAUAUCAAGACUGACUCGCCCGAACAGAUACUCAUGGACAUUCGCGAGGAGAAGACAACCUAUGCGGACGUCUUCCUAACCCUGUUCAAGAAUGGUGUCGACAAGGGGAAAAUAUUUUAUCGGCUGAAGAUGAACUACUUCCUCCCCGACCCGGGCCAACUUAUAUAUACGCACUUUCCGCAUGACACUGAAUGGCAACUCCUACAUGAACCAAUCACUCUGAAGGAAUUUCAGUCGUUCCCAUUCGUACGAAUCUCCUUCUUCAAGUACAAUCUCAGCAUGCACUCCCACUGCAAGGCUGUAGUCGAGUCCACCGACCCAGAGAUUCGUAUUCUGCUGGGAUUUCCAUCGGGUAGCGAAAAGUCCCUCUCUUUCUCCACUCAGCUUACGUUUGACGACCAGGACUCCACUGAAAAUUAUAACAGCAUUCCUCUAAAACGCUAUGUCCGCCAUGAGGUUCUGAAGAAGAAGAGUCGUUUGGCCAUCUACGUACGCCCACCGAAGCCAGGCGCUUAUAUACUCUCCAUCUCCGUCAAGCGCACGCAGAAUGAAGUUGCUAUCGCCACCGAAGCCUCCGGAAGUGUGGACAAUCGGUAUGAAGAUGUGUGCGAGUACGGUCUGAUGGCGAAGAUUUCACCCAAAGCCUGCCUUCCACCUUUUCCACACGAGGACUCUGGUGGAUACGGCCAAAUGGAGCAUGCAAAGCGGUUCAACAUCCGGGCUGUCUGCAGGGAUGCCACUGUUCGAGCUACUCAGGGAACUGUGGAACUACGCUUCACCAACAAAGAUCCGAGUCAACCUCUUCCCAGGCUGAUGGGUGAACUCAAAUCCACGGCGUUUUCGGAGGAGGCCAUGAAACACUGCAUCGUCCAACGUCCCCUCUCAAACAAUAAGGAAUUCGCUUUCUCAAUUUUCCUGCCCGACGCCGGCGAGUACAACCUAAAAGUCUAUGCAAACGACCCAAAACGAGAUGGCGGCACCUUCUUCCUGGUGAGUGCCUUGUUUUUCGAAGGAUGGAAGAGGUGA